UGUCAAAUCAAGUCCGCCCGAAGAAGAAGUGAAGCUUGGGCGGAAGUUGUGUCGUGACGUCCCCGCCGCCGCUCAGCAGCUUUCAAGUUGCCCCAACUUCGUCCACGCGGCUUUCGAUUUACGCGUAAAAGGCGGAGUUUUUUUCACUUUCCUUUUUCUUUGGUUUCCCCGCACCCCUCCGCCAUUGCUAGUGCUGCUACCUGGACACACACACGAAAGUGGCAACUUUGCGGCGGGUUCUCACGGCCCUUUCCUCGCAGCCGGCGGAGCCGAGAAACCAAACUGGAACGACAUGCAGCAGGGAACGCAAAGAGGUCUGUCCAGUGAGCUGUUUGAGUCCCUAAAGGUGUACCUUAACAACAGCAAAAGAUUGCAACCCAUAAUUGGGCUGCGCAGCAUCACGGAAUGCGUGAAAGCCGGCUCGCGCGGGGGCGGCGCGGCCGUGUACCUCUGCGAGGUGUGCGCGUGUCGGCUGAGCAAAGGCGACAUGCGCAACCACAUCCUGGGCACCCUCCACAGAUACAACUACACCAAAGCCCGGCACCCCCACAUGCUGUCAGGCGUGAAGCAGAGCGGCGGCGACAUGUCCCUGCUGGCCUGGCCCCUCAUGAACAUCGCCAGGACGCUGGAGGACAAGGAGGGCCCCGGGGACAUCAAGUUGCUGGAAGUCGAGGACGCUGCGUUGGAGAUGCUAAAGGAUGCCAGCGACAGCGACGCGAUAAGUUUGAUCAAGUUCCUGAUGCACGUGCCCCCCAAGCCUGAGAGCCCCUUGGACGCAGAGGAAGACGAGGAGGAGGAGGAGGAGCACAGGGUGGUCACGAUUGGCCACGGGGAGGCGCUCUUCCCAGGCGGCAAUGGCGCUUCGUGGGCCGAGGAAACGGCUUUGAGUUUCGGCCACACCUUGCUGGAUCGCUACUCGGGGCCGAAAACGCUCAUUGGUCUGUUCCGGCUGACCGAGUGCGUUGGCGAGCGGGAUGGCCGGACUUACUGCUUCCUGUGCCACUGCUGCCGGGCGCGGGUCAACACGCGCGGCUUCAUCCGCCACAUCGGCGGCUCCGCCCACGUGCGCAGCUACCUGAUGGAAACUCGGCCCGAGCAGCUGGCGGCGGCGGCGAAUGACGGCGAGCGCGGUCGCCCGACGGACUCGCUGGUCGGGAAGGUGGAGCGCGAGGAGGGACGAGGAGGCAUGGAGGUGGUAAAAGCACCCCAGUUCCUCUGUGGACAACUGGCUAGCAAAAGUUACAACUGGUGCAUCAGCAGACUUUGGAAGAGGCGCUACGCCGCGGACCACAAGUGGAGCAAAGCCAAGAAAGCAGGCUCCAGAGUCAAGAAGCCGGACGAGAGCGUCGGGGGCAAAACCCGGGUGGUGUUCAAGGUAAGCCUUCCGCUCACCGGCGGUCCGCUGCUGCUGGAGCGGACGUCUUUCAGCCAGGAGAGUCCGCCGGCUGGCCCCCCCCGGCAAGGCUUUGACUCUGAGCCCGCCGACGCGGGAGAAGACGACAUAACGGCGGCUUGCGGUUUCGAGCCGCGUGGCCAGGGAGUCGGGAGGCCCGUCGCCCGAGAGUGGUACAAUCCCGCCUACGCGCCGUGGCACGGUCGGUCGUCGGCACCGGUCGAAAAGCCAGAAAAUCCCUACUGGGCUAACCCGCCGCCUCCGGUCCACUUUCAAACGGAAUACCAAAGCCUUCCCGUCCUCUGGGCGGCAUCUCAGACGCCGCCGUAUCAGCCGGCGGGUCCGGGCGGCGUCCCGGGGUACCGAGGCUACGCCGUCCCGCCUCGGUCGCACCCCCCGCCGCACUUCUUUCCGGCCGUGUCCCCGCCCGCUGCGUCCGUCCCGCCCGGACCCCUCUGACUGACUUUUGUCCAAAAAUGAUCAUUUUUUACUAUUUCGAAUGACGGAAUCCGACUUCAAUGCUGUCAUUUCGCCACUCGGUGUGAGGAAGAGCCGUAAACGCCAACAGUUUGCGAUGGGUGGCUUUUGGGGGGCACAUUUUUAACAUGCAGCUAAAAAUGGACUGAAAAUUUGAACAGUCGGACGACCUUUGCGAGUCGUCUAGAUGACCUCUCAACGCGUCAAACUCUGCUCUGUUGUCGCUCCAUCUAUAUUUUGAUCUGAAAACCUGCAUACGACUGAGCGCUUUUUGAUUUGCGAUCGUUUGCAUGUUUUAUUUUUUUGUUUUGUUAUUCUUGACACCCGUGCAAAGCAAAUAGAAUAAAGAAUUGUGUAUACUGAAAA